AUGGCAGGAGAAAAACGUACGAUCGGUCGCGAAAGAGAUACUACCUACGCCCCGGCUAACACACCCUUGCUCCGCCGAAUUCGGGGUGUUUUGUAUUUCUAUUUACAACGGUUCUUUCGCUCUUACUACAGCUGGACUAGCAUCGUUUACGAUAACCAAAUUACCUAG